ACAUGGAAGCCUAGACCUUGUACUCAGUGGCGAGUUUUUUAGAGCCCCAGAACUGGCACCUCACAGAGCGUCGGCACCAGGUCGCUCAGUCCUGCAACACGUCUGCAAACAUGACGGACCCUUUCAGUGACAACGUGAAUGUUCGCGUUAUUGGUCUGUCGUUUGCCGUAGCCGAGGCGCUGAAAGGCAAUGUGUCCAAUGAAACGGUUGAGGUGAUGGGUGUGAUUUCUGCUGGGUACAUCCUACUGCAUGCCGCAUACAGGGGCUUUAGAAGUCGCCAUGGAAACAUCACCAUGAGCACGAUGUUUGAUUCGCUGAUAUUUGACGGGCUGGCUACAGCGCUCAUCCCGACUGUCAUCACCAGAUACGUCUCAAGGAUCACGAGGUCAAUGCUCCGCGAUAUCUCCGGGACCCCGGACCAAAUGAGGACAUGGGGCCCUACAGUCACCGCCCUGUUCGCCCUGCUCCUGACCUACCAGCGCAUCGACAUCGAGGUGGCCAACUUUAUGAACGAAACUGUCAGGAAACUCUACUGAUGUUUUACUCACUUACUAAUUUGUAUGGGCCUCACUACAUGUCGAGAUAUGAGAGUGCAUAAACUUUAAGUCCACUGUGAGGAUAUUUUAAACGCCUUUCACAGCCAUCUUAGCCAAGAGGAGUUUGUUAAUGCAUUUUACCCAUCAAAUUAAUUAAAACAAAAUAAAU